AUGGAAGAGGAAAGGAAGUCCAGGCGGUUCUGGUUCAUGGCUUUGAUCAUGUUCUUCUCGGUAUCCAGCGUGGAUGCAGUGUGGCCGAUGCCUCAGAUGAUCAGCACUUCCAUGGAUCGAUACACACUAAAUCCACGGGAGUUUAUUUUUCAGUACUCUAGUGGAUCAUCCGCGCAGUCCGGUUGUUCUCUUCUGGACUCGGCUUUCAAGAGAUACUUCCCGCUCAUCUUCCCGGAUUACAGGGCAGGUAAUAACAAAACAUGUUAAAUAAAUGGAGAAGAGUUUAAAGUUGUGUGAAUCAGUCCCAUAGGCCUCCAGUCUAAUUAUUGUGGGUGUGAUUCCAAUAAUUCCAGUAAUAGGCCCACCUAAUGCCCAUUGUAUUGCCCUAUCUUAUAUGAGAAGACAACAUGGUGCUUGUUAUCGUUCAUUGGUCAUGGUCAGUUGUAAGGAGUAUUAUGUUUUUGAAACCAUGUUGCCAACCAUUGUAGAGCAAAACAAAAGGUACCUUUGGUUUGGUGGCUAUUCUUUGUGGCAUGUGAUUUUUAGCUCAAUGAGCACUGCAUACCUAUAGCUACACUGCAUAACAUGUGAUUAAAAGUAAUUCAUUUAAGAAUAUGCCUGCUUAAUCAACUAACCUUAUUAGAGGCAGAGUUGAUUUAUAUUUGAGAGUAAAUAAUUUGCGAGACUGCUGCAAAGUUGUGUUCACACAUUUUAUGAAUACCAUUUUAGAUUUUUGAGUUGUACAGGUGAGCAAUUUCACAUAAACAUCAAUGAACAUGAUGAAGUAUGUUCAUGUGUUUUGUGUUUGAUUCAGCAGGACCCAGACAGCCCGAUGAGUGGUUUAGGUUCCCCUUCACCGUUGUGGUCCAUGUGGAGAAAGCAGAAUGUGAGGGUUAUCCAGACGCAGACUCCUCAGAAAGCUGUGAGUGAUGAAACAAUCAAACACACAUAAUCUCUGCCCUGAAACUUCCUCUGUGCAGACCCUGCUGAGUAAAUACAGGUAGUGGUGAAAAGAGGACUGAAAUGGCCUUCUCCAGUAGAAGUAAAAUUACUGGUAUAAAAAACGACUCGUAAAAAGUCGAUAAUUUAAAAACUAUUCAGAGUAAAAGUAAUUUUGUUACUUUUAAAGGGUACGUACAUAAACGUAACCCCAUGUAACAUGUGGAUUUGCGUUAGCAUAUACACAACCAGUCAAAAGUUUGGACACCUACUCAUUCAAGGGUCUUUCUUUAUUUUAACUAUUUUGUACAUUGUAGAAUAACAGUGAAGACAUCAAAAAUAUGAAAUAACACAUAUGGAAUCAUGUAGUAACCAAAAAAGUGUUAAACAAAUCAAAAUAUAUGUUAUAUUUCAAAUAGUCACCCUUUGCCUUGAUGACAGCUUUGCACACUCUUGGCAUUCUCCCAACAAGCUUCAUGGGGUAGUCAUCUGGAAUGCAUGUCAAUUAACAGGUGUGCCUUGUUAAAAGUUAAUUUGUGGAAUUGCUUUCCUUAAUGCGUUUAUAUGAGAUUAUACAUGGAGUUUAUACAUGGAGUUUAUACAUGGAGUCUAUACAUGGAGUCUAUACAUGGAGUCUAUACAUGGAGUCUAUACAUGGAGUCUAUACAUGGAGUUUAUACAUGGAGUCUAUACAUGGAGUCUAUACAUGGAGUCUAUACAUGGAGUCUAUACAUGGAGUCUAUACAUGGAGUCUAUACAUGGAGUCUAUACAUGGAGUUUAUACAUGGAGUCUAUACAUGGAGUUUAUACAUGGAGUGUGUGACUCUCUUUAUUCAUUUUUGUGCUAUAAUGCCUUGACAUUGUCUAGCCUUUACAGUACACAUUAUUUCUAGCCAUGUAGGACCCUUUCCACAGAGUGUUUACACCCUAUUUCUGUUGACAGGAUUAAACUAAAUCCAGUGAUCCUCAUACAUUGAAAACAUGGAGGGAAGUUCAACGGCAAUAUACAGUAAACUGAGUAAUGACAUUCCUAGACACUGGCGUAUAUUCUACAACCCAGCCGUCCUUGCUUCCUACUAUAUUCCCCAACCCAGCCGUCCUUGAUUCCUACUAUAUUCCCCAACCCAGCCAGCCGUCCUUGCUUCCUACUAUAUUCCCCAACCCAGCCGUCCUUGCUUCCUACUAUAUUCCCCAACCCAGCCAGCCGUCCUUGCUUCCUACUAUAUUCCCCAACCCAGCCAGCCGUCCUUGCUUCCUACUAUAUUCCCCCAACCCAGCCAGCCGUCCUUGCUUCCUACUAUAUUCCCCAACCCAGCCAGCCGUCCUUGCUUCCUACUAUAUUCCCCAACCCAGCCAGCCGUCCUUGCUUCCUACUAUAUUCCCCAACCCAGCCAGCCGUCCUUGCUUCCUACUAUAUUCCCCAACCCAGCCAGCCGUCCUUGCUUCCUACUAUAUUCCCCAACCCAGCCAGCCUUCCUUGCUUCCUACUAUAUUCCCCAACCCAGCCAGCCGUCCUUGCUUCCUACUAUAUUCCCCAACCCAGCCAGCCGUCCUUGCUUCCUACUAUAUUCCCCAACCCAGCCAGCCGUCCUUGCUUCCUACUAUAUUCCCCAACCCAGCCAGCCGUCCUUGCUUCCUACUAUAUUCCCCAACCCAGCCGCCGUCUUUGCUUCCUACUAUAUUCCCCAACCCAGCCAGCCGUCCUUGCUUCCUACUAUAUUCCCCAACCCAGCCAGCCGUCCUUGCUUCCUACUAUAUUCGCCAACCCAGCCAGCCGUCCUUGCUUCCUACUAUAUUCCCCAACCCAGCCAGCCGUCCUUGCUUCCUACUAUAUUCCCCAACCCAGCCAGCCGUCCUUGCUUCCUACUAUAUUCCCCAACCCAGCCAGCCGUCCUUGCUUCCUACUAUAUUCCCCCAACCCAGCCGUCCUUGCUUCCUACUAUAUUCCCCAACCCAGCCAGCCGUCCUUGCUUCCUACUAUAUUCCCCAACCCAGCCAGCCUUCCUUGCUUCCUACUAUAUUCCCCAACCCAGCCAGCCGUCCUUGCUUCCUACUAUAUUCCCCAACCCAGCCAGCCGUCUUUGCUUCCUACUAUAUUCCCCAACCCAGCCAGCCGUCCUUGCUUCCUACUAUAUUCCCCAACCCAGCCAGCCGUCCUUGCUUCCUACUAUAUUCCCCAACCCAGCCAGCCGUCCUUGCUUCCUACUAUAUUCCCCAACCCAGCCAGCCGUCCUUGCUUCCUACUAUAUUCCCCAACCCAGCCAGCCGUCCUUGCUUCCUACUAUAUUCCCCAACCCAGCCAGCCGUCCUUGCUUCCUACUAUAUUCCCCAACCCAGCCAGCCGUCCUUGCUUCCUACUAUAUUCCCCAACCCAGCCAGCCGUCCUUGCUUCCUACUAUAUUCCCCAACCCAGCCAGCCUUCCUUGCUUCCUACUAUAUUCCCCAACCCAGCCAGCCGUCCUUGCUUCCUACUAUAUUCCCCAACCCAGCCAGCCGUCUUUGCUUCCUACUAUAUUCCCCAACCCAGCCAGCCGUCCUUGCUUCCUACUAUAUUCCCCAACCCAGCCAGCCGUCCUUGCUUCCUACUAUAUUCCCCAACCCAGCCAGCCGUCCUUGCUUCCUACUAUAUUCCCCAACCCAGCCAGCCGUCCUUGCUUCCUACUAUAUUCCCCAACCCAGCCAGCCGUCCUUGCUUCCUACUAUAUUCCCCAACCCAGCCAGCCGUCCUUGCUUCCUACUAUAUUCCCCAACCCAGCCAGCCGUCCUUGCUUCCUACUAUAUUCCCCAACCCAGCCAGCCGUCCUUGCUUCCUACUAUAUUCCCCAACCCAGCCAGCCGUCCUUGCUUCCUACUAUAUUCCCCAACCCAGCCGUCCUUGCUUCCUACUAUAUUCCCCAACCCAGCCAGCUGUCCUUGCUUCCUACUAUAUUCCAAGGAUUUAGGGAAUGGAAAGAGAGGGCUUUGUAGAGUCUCAACUUUUCAAAGCAUCAAUUCUUAAAUCAUUUCAAGAAAUCCAGCAAGAAUUAGAAAAAAAGGUGCUAUCUUUAUCACGACAAAGCCUAUUCCCCCUCAGGAGACUAAAAAGAUUUGGCAUGGGUCCUCAGAUCCUCAAAAAAUUCUACAGCUGCACCAUCGAGAGCAUCCUGACUGGUUGCAUCACCGCCUGAUAUGGCAACUGCUUGGCCUCUGACCGCAAGGCACUACAGAGGGUAGUGCGUACGGCCCAGUACAUCACUGGGGCAAAGCUCCCUGCCAUCCAGGACCUCUAUACCAGGCGGUGUCAGAGGAAGACCCUCGGUGGUUACUUAGGCCUAUCGAGAAGGAGAGUGUUGGGAAGUAGGCCUACAGUGAGGAACUAAGGAGAGCGUUGGGAAGUAGGCCUACAGUGAGGAACUAAGGAGAGUGUUGGGAAGUAGGCCUACAGUGAGGAACUAAGGAGAGUGUUGGGAAGUAGGCCUACAGUGAGGAACUAAGGAGAGUGUUGGGAAGUAGGCCUACAGUGAGGAACUAAGGAGAGUGUUGGGAAGUAGGCCUACAGUGAGGAACUAAGGAGAGUGUUGGGAAGUAGGCCUACAGUGAGGAACUAAGGAGAGUGUUGGGAAGUAGGCCUACAGUGAGGAACUAAGGAGAGUGUUGGGAAGUAGGCCUACAGUGAGGAACUAGUGUCAUUCGCAAUGGAUGUAAAACACUGACUCUGUGUGGUGAUGAAAAGUAUACUUUGAGAAGCUCCUCAGCUCAUAGGGGCCCCUUGUGGUCUGACUUUGACCUCAUUCAAUUGAAAAAGGAAGAGAUGAAAUGAGUGUAGGAACUAAGUUCACUACUACUUGAAUGACAUUUACUCCAGUAGUAGUAAAAUUACUGACUUUCAAAAAUACUGAAAGUACAAGUACUCGUAAAAGCUACUCAAUUACAGUAACGAGAGGAUUUAUAAUGAGUUACUUUACACCUCUGAAUACACGUAUGGCGAUUAAUCUUUGUUUCUUCUGUUCUAGACAAGCUGAGUGUGUGUUCAGGCCAGGCAGCACUGAGGGCGGAGACGGUGUGGGGAGCACUCAGAGGUAGAAACACAAGGGUUUAUUAAUGAGUGAUCAAUAUGAUCAACGAUGUCCGUUGAUGAUCUAACCAAAUGUCCUCUGGUAAAUGACAGGUUUGGAGUCAUUCAGUCAGCUGGUCUACCAAGAUGCCUCUGGGGAGGUAAGUCAUAACUGAACUACUUGAUGAAUACUAAUGAAUACUAAUGAAUACUAAUGAAUACUAAUGAAUACUACUGAAUACCAGACGUACUCACAAGAAUAGUAAACCAAGGAAAAAAACUCACUAGUGAGGACAUUAAUUAUGGAAAGAAAUGUAUUCACUCACUAACUGUAAGUCGCUCUGGAUAAGAGCGUCUGCUAAAUGACUAAAAUGUAAAUGUAAAUUGUGGUCGGUCUUCACUUUAAAAAAGGCUUUUUUAGGGUUAUGGUUAGGAUUAGGGGUUAGGUUUAGGUUUAUGGAUUUUGGGGUUAGGGUUGGGGUUAUGGGAUUUUGGGGUUGGGGUUAUGGGAUUUUGGGGUUAGGGUUGGGGGUUAUGGGAUUUUCAAUGUGAAUCAAUUGUUACUCCCCAAAAGUUCGUCACAAGCGCUACAUAAGUGUGUGUGUGUGUGUGUGUGUGUGUGUGUGUGUGUGUGUGAGAACUGAACAGUCAACAUGCUGCCAACAAUCUGAUUUGCGAAAAAAGAGCAAACUUGAUAUGAUCAUUUCAGUUUUCUAUCAAUCUGACGUGGAUUUAUUUCUUUUCCAGUAUUUUGUGAAUAAGACUGAGAUAGAAGACUUUCCCCGCUUCCAGUUCCGAGGGAUAUUAUUGGAUACGUCACGUCACUACCUACCUUUACCAGCUAUUCUGAAGACCCUGGUAAAAAUAUAUAUAAAUAUAUACAGUGCCAGUCAAAAGUUUGGACACAUCUACUCAUUCAAGUGUUUUUCUUAAUUUUUACUAUUUUCUACAUUCUAGAAUAAUAGUGAAGACAUCAAAACUAUGAAAUAACACAUGGAAUCAUGUAGUAUCUGAGCUGUUCUUGCCAUAAUAUGGACUUUUUCCAAAUAGGGCUAUCUUCUGUAUACCCCCCUACCUUGUCACAACAGAACUGAUUGUCUCAAACGCAUUAAGAUGGAAAGAAAUUCCACAAAUUAACUUUUAACAAGGCACACCUGUUAAUUGAAAUGCAUUCCAGGUGACUACCUCAUGAAGCUGGUUGAGAGAAUGCCAAGAGUGUCAUCAAGGCAAAGGGUGGCUACUUUGAAGAACCUAAAAUAUUAAAUAUAUUUUGAUUUGUGUAUCACUUUUUUGGUUACUACAUGAUUCCAUAUGUGUUAUUUCAUAAUUUUGUAGAAAAUAGUAAAAAUAAAGAAAACCCCUUGAAUGAGUAGGUGUGAGAAGGGGAGGGGGUGGUAGGGGUUAGGGGGGGGAGUAGGGGGGAGGGGGUGGUAGGGGUUAGGGGGGGGAGGAGGGGGGAGGGGGUGGUAGGGGUUAUGGGGGGGAGUAGGGGGGGAGGGGGUGGUAGGGGAGGAGGGGGGAGGGGGUGGUAGGGGUGGUAUGGGGGGGAGUAGGGGGGAGGGGGGGAGGGGAGGAGGGGGGAGGAGGGGGGAGGGGUGGUUAGGGGUUAGGGGGGUAGGAGGGGGGAGGGGGUGGUAGGGGUUAGGGGGGGAGGAGGGGGGAGGGGGUGGUAGGGGUUAGGGGGGAGAGGAGGGGGGGAGGGGGUGGUGAUUGGGUUCGGGGGGGGAGUAGGGGGGGGGGGUGGUAGGGGUUGGGAGGGGGGAGGAGGGGGAGGGGGGGGGUGGUAGGGUUAGGGGGGGGAGGAGGGGGGAGGGGGUGGUAGGGGUUAGGGGGGGGAGGAGGGUGAGAGAAGGGGAGGGGUGGGAGGGGGGAGUAGGGGGGAGGGGGUGGUAGGGGUUAGGGGGGGGAGGAGGGGGGAGGGGGUGGUAGGGAUUAGGGGGGGGAGGAGGGGGGAGGGGGUGGUGAGGGUUAGGGGGGGGAGGAGGGGGGGAGGGGGUGGUAGGGGUUAGGGGGGGGAGGAGGGGGGGGGGGGGGUGGUAGGGGUUAGGGGGGGGAGUAGGUGUGUCUCCCUUCACUGAGGAGGAUAGGGGCCAGUGGGCGGUGGGGGAGGAGGGGGGAGGGGGUGGUAGGGGUUAGGGGGGGGAGGAGGGGGGAGGAGGGGGGAGGGGUGGUAGGGGUUAGGGGGGGGAGUAGGUGUGUCCAACCUUUUGACUGGUACUGACUAUACACACAUACAUUUGAGUUACAACAUUGAGGUCCAGUUUCUCAGACACAGAUCCAUGGAGAAUGGUUUAUAGGCCAGGACUAGGCUUAAUCUGUGUCCGGCCCUGAGUUACAGUUUAUUGCUGACUCUGACAUGGUAAAUAUGGUUGUUAAAUGGUUCACUUCAGAUCCUUCUCUCUGUUUACUAGGAUGCCAUGUCCUACAACAAGUUCAACGUGUUCCACUGGCACAUAGUGGACGACCCCUCCUUCCCCUACCAGAGUAGCACCUUCCCUGGCCUCAGCAGCAAGGUGAGAGGAGGGGACCUGUAAUGGAGAUAAACAUUUAUAAUGCGUUAGGAUGCGGUUAUAAAACAUUUAAAAAAGGCUUAUGCAUGCUUAUAACAUGUUAUAAACCAGCAGGGUGAGCGUUCCGGCCUGGAAUAUGGCAAAGCAUUAAUAAUGCAUUAUGAUGUGGUUAUAAGACAAUAUGAAGGCACAUUUAUAAACACGCUUAGAACAAGUAAUAUAUCAUUAUAAUGCAUAUAACUGCAGGACUUAAGUAAAGUGUUAAAGAAAAAUGCAGAGGAAUCAAUGUUAAGCUGUAAUACACAAAGAUCUCUCUUCCACUUGAGGAAACUGGUUCAACUGGAUAGAAACAGGUGGUUCUGAAAGACGUUCUGAUUGGUUAACUGUUAGCCUGGUGGUUCUGAAAGACGUUCUGAUUGGUUAACUGUUAGCCUGGUGGUUCUGAAAGACGUUCUGAUUGGUUAACUGUUAGCCUGGUGGUUCUGAAAGAUGUUCUGAUUGGUUAACUGUUAGCCUGGUGGUUCUGAAAGAUGUUCUGAUUGGUUAACUGUUAGCCUGGUCCCAGAUCUGUUUGACAUUCUAUAAGGAUUUAGCAGAUAGGCUUUAUGUUUUGCUCUGCUGAUUUUGUGCCAAGGUGCUUUCCUCCUUCCUACCUUACCCCUCCUACCUUACCCCUCCUACCUUACCCCUCCUACCUUACCCCUCCUACCUACCCCUCCUACCUUACCCCUCCUACCUUACCCCUCCUACCUUACCCCUCCUACCGUACCCCUCCUACCUUACCCCUCCUACCUUACCCCUCCUACCUUACCUUACCUGCUUGUGCCUCUCAAUGUCUGUGUGUGUAACGUUUGCGCUUGGAGUCAGGAAGCAGGUGCAGAAGGUGAGUUUAAUAAACAUGAACAAGGCAGCUAAACAAAACAGGAGAAGCGUACUGAAUGUGAACAAAACCAAUCCUGCCUGAUGACUGAGGCUACUGAGGGCUAUAUGAAGGGAGAGUAAUCAGGGUGGGGAUGAGUUCCAGGUGUGUGUAAUGAUGGGGACCAGGUGUGUGUAAUGAUGGGGACCAGGUGUGUGUAAUGAUGGGGACCAGGUGUGUGUAAUGAUGGGGACCAGGUUGUUGUAAUGAUGGAGAAGGGGUUUUUGGAAAUUUGGUGGGGACCAGGGUGGUAAGGGUGGGACCAGGUGUGUGAAGGGUGGGGACCAGGUUUUGGUAAUGAGGGGGAAAACAGGUUUUGGUAAUGAUGGGACAGGUUUUGGUAAUGCGGAGAGCAGGUUUGGUAAUGAUGGAGAGCAGGUGUGUGGUAUGAUGGAGAGCAGGUGUGGUAAUGAUGGGGAAAGGUGUGGUUAAUGAUGGAGAGCAGGUGUGGUAAUGAUGGGGACAGGUGUUGGUAAUGAUGGAGGGGCAGGUUUGGUAAUGAGGGGGAAACAGGUGUGGUAAUGAUGGAGACAGUUUUGGUUUAAUGAUGGGGAACAGGUGUUGGUAAGAUGGAGAAGCAGGUGUUGGUAAUGAUGGAGAGCAGUGUUUGGUAAUGAUGGAGAGAGGUUUUGGUAAUGAUGGAGAGCAUUUGAUGGGAGAGCGUGUUGGUAAUGAUGGAGAACAGGUGUGGUAAUGAUGGGACAGGUUUGUUGUAAUGAUGGAGAGCAGGUGUGGUAAUGAUGGGGACCAGGUUUUGGAAAAUGAUGGGAACAGGUGUUGGUUUAAUGAUGGAGGGCAGGGUGUUGGUAAUGAUGGAGAGCUGGUGUUGGAAAUGAUGGAGAGCAGGUGUUGGAAGAGGAGAGCAGGUUUUGGUAAUGAUGGAGAGCGGGUUUUGGGGUUUAAUGAUGGGGAACCUUGGGUGUUUUGGUAAUGAUGGAGACAGGUGUUGGUAAUGAUGGGGAGAGGGUUUGUGGAAUGUGUAUGGGGGAGCAGGUUUGUAAUGUUUGAGAGCAGGUGUUGGUAAUGAUGGAGCGCAGGUGUUGGUAAUGAUGGGGAGCAGGUGUUGGUAAUGAUGGAGAGCAGGUUUUGGUAAUGAGGGGAGCAGGUGUUGGUAAUGAUGGGGAGCAGGUGUUGGUAAUGAUGGCGAAAAGGGUGUUGUGUAAUGAUGGGGAGCAGGUGUUGGUAAUGAUGGUGCCUGGACCGGUGGUUAGUAGAGGGGGAUCGGGAGUAGACAUGACCGUGUGGGGUGGAGGGGGUUUUGAUAGGCAGAGGACAUUUCCGUUUCUCACAAAAAUGGACAAUGAAGUAUCUAUUAACAAAAAUAUAAACGCAACAGUUUCAAAGAUUUUUCUGAGUUACAGUUCAUAUACACUACCAGUCAAAGUUUGGACACACCUACUCAUUUAUUUGUACAUUGUAGAAUAAUAGUGAAGACAUCAAAAUAUGAAAUAACACAUAUGGAAUCAUUUUUAGUAACCAAAAAAGUGUUAAACAAAUCAAAUAUAUUUAUAUUUCAAAUAGCACCUUUGCCUUUAUGACAGCUUGACCUACCUGCCGCCCUGAACAAUAUAUAUUACCGCUAGGUUACCUGGCACCCAAACAAUAUUAUUUUCCGCCCAGGUUACCCCGGCACCUCAACAAUAUUAUAUUACCGCUAGGUUACCCCCGGCACCCAACAUAUUAUAUUACGCUAGGUACCUGGCACCUAACAAUAUAUAUCCGCUAGUUACCUGGCCCCCUCAAAAUAUUAACCGCUAGGUUACCUGGGGACUCAACAAUAUUAUACCGCUAGGUACGGGGACCUCAACAAUAUUAUAUACCGAGGGUACCUGGCACCUCAACAAAUUAUAUUACCGCUAGAUUACCUGGACCUCAACAAAUUAUAUUUCCGCCCAGGGUUACCUGGCAAACCUCAACAAUAUUAUAUUACCUCAGGUUACCUGGCACCUCAACAAUAUUAUAUUACCGCUUUAGGUUACCCGGACCUCAAACUUAUUAUAUUACCGCUAGGUUACCUGGCACCUCAACAAUAUUAUAUUACCGCUAGGUUACCUGGCACCUCAACAAUAUUAUAUUACCGCUAGGUUACCUGGCACCUCAACAAUAUUAUAUUACCGCUAGGUUACCUGGCACCUCAACAAUAUUAUAUUACCGCUAGGUUACCUGGCACCUCAACAAUAUUAUUUUACCGCUAGGUUACCUGGCACCUCAACAAUAUUAUAUUACCGCUAGGUUACCUGGCACCUCAAACAAUAUUAUAUUACCGCUAGGUUACCUGGCACCUCAACAAUAUUUAUUACCGCUAGGUUACCUGGCACCUCAACAAUAUUUUUAUUACCGCUAGGUUACCUGGCACCUCAACAAUAUUAUAUUACCGCUAGGUUACUGGCACCUCAACAAUAUUAUAUUACCGCUAGGUUACCUGGCACCUCAACAAUAUUAUAUUACCGCUAGGUUACCUGGCACCUCAACAAUAUUAUAUUACCGCUAGGUUACCUGCCGCCCUCAACAAUAUUAUAUUACCGCUAGGUUACCUGCCCUCAACAAUAUUAUAUUACCGCUAGGUUACCUGGCCCUCAACAAUAUUAUAUUACCGCUAGGUUACCUGCCGCCCUCAACAAUAUUAUAUUACCGCUAGGUUACCUGGCCCUCAACAAUAUUAUAUUACCGCUAGGUUACCUGCCCUCAACAAUAUUAUAUUACCGCUAGGUUACCUGCCGCCCUCAACAAUAUUAUAUUACCGCUAGGUUACCUGCCCUCAACAAUAUUAUAUUGUUAUCUGAUGUUGUGCUUGGCUGACAUUCUGCUUGGCUCUGUUUGUCCUAGGGGGCGUUCCAUCCAUCGACCCAUGUGUACACCCAGAUAGACGUGAAGAGGGUGAUCGCCCACGCCAGAAUCAGAGGCAUCAGGGUCCUUGCUGAAUUCGACUCCCCGGGACACACCCAGUCAUGGGGCAAAGGUAACACUCACACUCCACACACACACACACACACAACACACACACACACACACACACACACACACACACACACCCAGUCAUGGGGCAAAGGUAACACUCACACACACACACACACACACACACACACACACACACACACACCCAGUCAUGGGGCAAAGGUAACACUCACACACACACACAUGGACUUCUGUUUGCUAAUUAGAUUCAUAACAUCUUAUGUUCUAUGCCAGAGGUUCUAAUGUCUUAUGUAGCUCUCCCCAGGGCGGGCCUCCGACCCCUCGCCCUGGGUGGGUCAGUGGUAAACCCCCGUGAAGGGGUGUGUCCCUACCCCCACCCUUCGCCAGACACCAACCCCGCUAACCCCGGCGCACAACCCAACCCCCCCAAAAACGCGCACACCACCCCAACCCCCACCCCCCGCCCCACACCCAACCCCCCCACCCCCCACCACCCCAAACCCCCCCCACCCUGGGGCACCACCAACCCCCCUCACCCCCCACCCCCACCACCCCAACCCCCCCACCCCGCGCCCACCACCCCAAACCCCCCACCCACCCUUUUCGCGCACCACCCAAACCUCACCCUCUGCCCCACCCUAACCCCCCACCCUUCUCCACCACCAACCCCCCACCCCUCUUCCCACCCCCCCAACCCCCACCCCCUCUCGACCCACCCCUAACCCCCCACCCUCUCGCACCACCCUAACCCCCCACCCCUCUCCCACCACCCCAACCCCCCCACCCCUCUCCCACCACCCAACCCCCCACCCUCUCGGCCCCCACCACCCCUAACCCCCCCCACCCUCUCUCCACCACCCCUAACCCACAACCACCCACCGCAACCACCCCAAACCCCCCCCCCUGCCCCACCACCUAAACCCCCCAACCCACUCGCCACCCAACCCCAACCCCUCCACCGCCACCACACCCCCCCCCCAAAACCCCCCGCACCCACCCAACCCCCAACCCCCAAAAACCCACCACUUAAAAACCGCACUCCAGAACAAAAAACCUAACCCCCCAACCCGCUCUCCCCAAACCAUAACCCCACCCCAUCCACAAACCCAAAACCCCCAACCCCCGCAAAACCCCUAACCCCCCCAACCCCUCCGGCCACCACCUAAACCCCCCCACCCUCUCCCACCACCCUAACCCCCCCACCCCUCUCGCCAAAAACCCCUACCCCCCCCACCCCUCCCAACACCCAAACCCCCACCCCUUCCCCCCCACCCCUAACCCCCACCACUUCCCCACCACCCAAACCCCCACCCCUCUCGCCACCACCCUUAACCCCCUCACUCCUUCCCACCACCACUAACCCCACCCCUCUCGCUCCCAACCCCCUAACCCCUCACCCCUCUCCAAAACCAACAAAAACCCCCACCCUCUCCAAAACAAAAACCCCAACAAACCUUCUCCACCACCAAAAAAACCACACCACCUCGCACCAACCCCAACCCCAAACACCCUCUCACCCCCACCCCAACCCCCCCUUCUAUCCACCACCCUAACCCCCCACCCUAUCGCAAAAAACCCCUAACCCCCCACCCUCUCCCACCACCCCUAACCCACCACCCCUCUUCCACCACCCCUAAACCCGUUAUCCCCCACCCUCUCUUCCACACCCCUAACACACCCCCACCCCUCUCUCCCAACCCCUCUCCCUAACCCCCCACCCUCUCCCACCACCCUUAACCCCCCACCUCUCGUCCACCACACCUAACCCCCCCACCCCUCUCUCCACCACCCUAACCCCCUCCACCCUAUCCCACCCCCUUAACCCCCACCCCUCGUCCACCACCCUAACCCCCGCCCCUCUCUGCGACCCACCCCACCCGACCCGCGACAACCCACCCCGCACCACCCGCGCACCCCCGACCCCCACCCGCGCCCACCACCGGAACCCCCCGCACCCCGCGCGCGACCACCCGAACCCCCACCCCAGCGCACCACCCGGAACCCCCACCCCCCGCGCCCACCACCCCGAACCCCCGCAACCGCGGCCACCACCCGGAACCCCGCACCCCGCGUCGCCACCACCCGGAACCCCCCCACCCAGCGCCACACCCCGAACCCCCUCACCCCCCGCCACCACCCUUAAACCGCUGACCCACGCACCCACACCUUAACCCCCCACCCCUCGUCGCCACCACCCUUAACCCUCACCCCAGCUCGCCACCACCCGAACCCCCCACCCGCCCCACCACCCUUAACCCCUGCACCCCCUGCGCCACCACCCUAACCCCCGCACCCCUGCGUGCACCACCCGUAACCCCCGCACCCCUGCUGCCACACCGGAACCCCGCACCCCCCCACACACCUAACCCGACCCCCCUCAACCCCCCACACCCUCUAACCCAACCACCCUUAACCCCUCACCCUCUCUACACCACCCUAACCCCCCCACCCACUCUCCACACCUUAAACCCCCUCACCCCUCUCCACCACCCUUAACCCCCUGACCCCUCUAUCCACCACCCCUUAACCCCCUCACCCCUCUCGCCACCACCCUUAACCCCCUCACCCCAUCUCUCCACCACCCGUAACCCCCCACCCAGCCGCCACCACCCGUAACCCCCCACCCCUACUCCGACCACCCCUAACCAGCCCCACCCCGUCUCACCACCCAUGAACCCCCUCACCCCAUAUCGCCCACCACCUUAACCCCCUCACCCCUCUCUCCACCCACCCUAAACCCCGGCACCCCUCUCCACACCCUUAACCCCCUCACCCCUCUCUCCACCACACCUUAACCCCCUCACCCAUCUCCACCACCCUUAAACCCUCACCCCUACUCUCACCACCCUUAACCCCCUCACCCAUCUCUCCACCACCCUUAACCCCCUCACCCAUCUCUCCACCACCCUUAACCACCUCACCCAUCUCUCCACCACCCUUAACCCCCUCACCCCUCUCUCCCCAGGACAGCCCGGCCUCCUGACCCCAUGCUAUAAGGGCACAGUUCCCACUGGGACGUUUGGUCCAGUGAACCCAGCAAACCCCUCCAGCUACCAGUUCAUGACCCGCCUAUUUAAAGAGGUCACCUCAGUGUUUCCUGACUCUUACAUUCACCUGGGAGGGGACGAGGUCGACUUCACCUGCUGGUAGGUUGAUUUGAACUUUAUUAACUGUUGACAUUUUUUGAAAAGUGAAGCGAUAUAUAUAUACAGUAUAUCAAAAAGUUGUGUAUCUCUUGAUGCUGUGAGGACAUAAUUUUUUCUACUUUUCAGUUAGUUUGUUUUGUUGAGAAAUGUGAAGAGGGGCAUCCGUUAAAGUAAAUCUAAUUUGAAUUCCCCAUUAGUUCCUGCCAAGGCAGCAGCUACUCUUCCUGGGGUUUAUUAUGGAUCCCCAUUAGUUCCUGCCAAGGCAGCAGCUACUCUUCCUGGGGUUAUUAUGGAUCCCCAUUAGUUCCUGCCAAGGCAGCAAGCUACUCUUCCUGGGGUUUAUUAUGGAUCCCCAUUAGUUCCUGCCAAGGCAGCAGCUACUCUUCCUGGGGUUUAUUAUGGAUCCCCAUUAGUUCCUGCCAAGGCAGCAGCUACUCUUCCUGGGGUUUAUUAUGGAUCACCAUUAGUUCCUGCCAAGGCAGCAGCUACUCUUCCUGGGGUUUAUUAUGGAUCCCCAUUAGUUCCUGCCAAGGCAGCAGCUACUCUUCCUGGGGUUUAUUAUGGAUCCCCAUUAGUUCCUGCCAAGGCAGCAGCUACUCUUCCUGGGGUUUAUUAUGGAUCCUCAUUAGUUCCUGCCAAGGCAGCAGCUACUCUUCCUGGGGUCCAAACACAUUAAGGCACUUAAAUUACAUAUAAAACAGAAGAUAAAACAGUACAUCAUAUAACAUUAUUACACCACUACAUAUCUACAAUACAAAAUAUAUUAUACCACCAUACAACAAUAUCACAAUGUACAUGUGUGUGUAGAGUGGGUUCUGGCGCUUAAGAACACCUGCUCUUUCAGGACAGACUGACAAGGUGAAUCCAGGUUAAAGUUAUGAUCCCUUAUUGAUGUCACUUGUUAAAUCCACUUAAAUCAGAUGAAGGGGAGGAGAUGGGUUAAAGAAGGAUUUUUUAAGCCUUGAGACAAUUUAUUAAUUUAUUUUAUUUAACCUUUAUUUAACCAGGUAAGCCAGUUGAGAACAAGUUCUCAUUUACAACUGCGACCUGGCCAAGAUAAAGCAAAGCAGUGCGAUAAAAACAACAACACAGAGUUACAUAUGGGGUAAACAAAACGUACAGUCAAUAACACAAUAGAAAAUGAUAGAUGUGCAGAAGAUGACGUGCAAAUAGAGAUACUGGGGUGCAAAUGAGCAAAAUAAAUAACAAUGUAAAUAACAAUAUGGGAAUGAGGAUUGAGACAUGGAUUGUGUAUGUGUGCCAUUCAGAAAGACAAAAGAUUUAAGUGCCUUUGAACGGGGUAUGGUAGUAGGUGCCAGGCGCACCGGUUUGAGUGUGUCAAGAACUGCAACGCUGCUGGGUUUUUCACGCUUAACAGUUUCCCGUGUGUAUCAAGAAUGGUCCACCACCCAAAGGACAUCCAGCCAACUUGACACAACUGGGACGCAUUGGAGUCAACAUGGGCCAGCAUCCCUGUGGAACGCUUUCGACACCUUGUAGAGUCCAUGCCCUGACGAAUUGAGGCUGUUCUGAGGGCAAAAGGAGGGUGGGGGGGGGUUUGGUUUUCUAGGUGUAUGUCCCUGUAAUAAGUGACGUAUUGAAUACAUAACCGUCAGAUCUAUUGUACUUUAUUUUGCACACAUUUCCAGGGGUGUAUUCAUUAUGCCGUGUCUGUUGCGAAACGGUUUUGUGAAAAUGGAAGCAAACAGAACGAAACAGGGAGGGACUUACCUGAAUUUGUCCAAUAGAAACUCUCGUUUUAGUUCCGUUUGCAACAGAAUCGGCAGAAUAAAUACACCCCAGUACUUGACCCUAGAAUUAUCAGAUUGUAAAUGUGUUGUUUCUCACAGGAAGUCCAACCCUGAUGUCCGAGGCUUCAUGCUGAAGAUGGGGUUCGGAACUGACUACACCAAACUGGAAUCGUACUACAUGGAAAAGUUAGUGGACAAAACAAAUACAAAAAUGGAGACCUGUUUGGUGACAGACAGAGCAACCAGACAGACAGACAGACAGACAGACAGACAGACAGAUAGAGCAACAAGACAGACAGAUAGAGCAACAAGACAGACAGACAGACAGACAGAGCAACAAGACAGACAGACAGACAGACAGAGCAACAAGACAGACAGACAGACAGACAGACAGAGCAACAAGACAGACAGACAGAGCAACAAGACAGACAGACAGACAGAGCAACAAGACAGACAGACAGAGCAACAAGACAGACAGACAGAGCAACAAGACAGACAGACAGACAGAGCAACAAGACAGACAGACAGACUGACAGACAGAGCAACAAGACAGACAGACUGACAGACAGAGCAACAAGACAGACAGACUGACAGACAGAGCAACAAGACAGACAGACUGACAGACAGAGCAACAAGACAGACAGACUGACAGACAGAGCAACAAGACAGACAGACUGACAGACAGAGCAACAAGACAGACAGACAGACAGACAGACAGACAUACAGACAGACAGACAGACAGAGCAACAAGACAGACAGACUGACAGACAGAGCAACAAGACAGACAGACUGACAGACAGAGCAACAAGACAGACAGACUGACAGACAGAGCAACAGGAUAGACAGACAGACAGACAGACAGACAGAGCAACAAGACAGACAGAUAGACAGAGCAACAAGACAGACAGAUAGACAGAGCAACAAGACAGACAGACAGACAGACUGACUGACAGACAGACAGACAGAGCAACAAGACAGACAGAUAGACAGAGCAACAAGACAGACAGACAGACAUACAGAGCAACAAGACAGACUGACAGACAGACUGACAGAGCAACAAGACAGACAGACAGACAGAGCAACAAGACAGACACACAGACAGAGCAACAAGACAGACAGACAGACAGACAGACAGACAGACAGACAGACUGACAGAGCAACAAGACAGACAGACAGACUGACAGACAGAGCAACAAGACAGACAGACUGACAGACAGAGCAACAAGACAGACAGGACUGACAGGACAGAGCAACAAGACAGACAGACUGACAGACAGAGCAACAAGACAGACAGACUGACAGACAGAGCAACAAGACAGACAGACUGACAGACAGAGCAACAAGACAGACAGACAGACAGACAGACAGACAGACAGACAGACAGACAGACAGACAGAGCAACAAGACAGACAGACUGACAGACAGAGCAACAAGACAGACAGACUGACAGACAGAGCAACAGGAUAGACAGACAGACAGACAGAGCAACAAGACAGACAGAGCAACAAGACAGACUGACAGACAGAGCAACAGGAUAGACAGACAGACAGACAGAACCAGACAGACAGACAGACAGACAGAGCAACAAGACAGACAGAUAGACAGAGCAACAAGACAGACAGACAGACAUACAGAGCAACAAGACAGACUGACAGACAGACUGACAGAGCAACAAGACAGACAGACAGACAGACAGAGCAACAAGACAGACACACAGACAGAGCAACAAGACAGACAGACAGACAGACAGACUGACAGACAGAGCAACAAGACAGACAGACAGACAGACAGACAGAGCAACAAGACAGACACACAGACAGAGCAACAAGACAGACAGACAGACAGACAGACAGACUGACAGACAGAGCAACAAGACAGACAGACAGACUGACAGACAGAGCAACAAGACAGACAGACAGACAGACAGACAGAGCAACAAGACAGACAGACAGACUGACAGACAGAGCAACAAGACAGACAGACUGACAGACAGAGCAACAAGACAGACAGAAAUACACGGGAACAAUUGACACCAUUUAUUUCCAAGAUAAUGAAAUGAAAGUAGGCCGUAGUGAUGAGCUGCUCUGGACUGUUGGACCUGGUAUGUUACUGAUGCUAUGGAGGUCUGUGUGUUUGGAUCUUCCAGCAUGGUGAACAUUACUAAGGGACUCAAGAAGACAGCCAUAGUCUGGCAGGACGUGUUUGACUACCAUGAAAAAGUAAGUAAAAGGGAAACACCCAAUAUAGGGUUUUUACCGGGAAAUCCCCCCAAAGGGAAAAAAACCCCAGAUAAUAUGGUUUUUCCCUGGAUCCCCCCAAUGAAAAAACCCCCAGUUUCAUAGGUCUUUACCGGGGAUCACCCAAAUGUAAAAAACCCAGACCCAUAUGGCCUUACCUGGAUCCCCCCUAAUUUUAAAAAAACCCCGAUCAUAUGGUCUUUACCUGGUCCCCCCUAAUGUAAACCCCAGUUUCAUAGGUCUUUCCCGGACCCCUAAUGUAAACCCCCAGAUCAAUGGUCUUUACCUGGAUCGCCCUCCAAUUUUUAAACCCCCCAGAUCUUUGGGUUUUACCGGGAUCACCCUAAUGAAAAAACACCCAGUUUCAUAUGGUUUUUCCUGGACCCGCCCAAAAUGAAAAAAACCACCCCCCCCCCAGAUAAUAUGGUUUUUUUCCUGGAUGCCCAAAAGGAAAAAAACCCAGAUUUUAUGGUCUUCCCGGGAUGCCCUAAUGUAAACCCCCAAAGAUCAUUUGGUCUUUACCGGAUCCCCUUAAUGAAAACCCCCAGUAUAGGGUUUCUUUCCCUGGAUCGCCCUAAUGUAAAACCAGAUCUUUGGGCCCUUUCCCUGGUUUUCCCCCCUCCUAAUGUAAACCCCCAGAAAUAUGGUCUUUCCCUGGAUCGCCCUAAUGUAAACACCCGGGAUAUAUGGUUUUAAAACCGGGGAUCCCCUUUAAGGGAAAACACCCAGAUCAUAGGGUUUCUUUACCUGGAUCCCCCCCUAAUGAAAACACCCAGACAUAUGGCCCUUUCCGGGGAGCCCUAAUGAAAAAACCCAGAUCAUAUGGUUUUUUACCUGGAUCGCCCUAAGGGUUAAAAACCCAGUUUCUAGGGUCUUUCCCUGGAUCCCCCCUAAUGAAAAACACCCAAUCAUAUGGUUUUUUUAACCGGGGAUCCCCCCCUAAUGUAAACACCCAGAUAAUAUGGUCUUUACCGGGGAUCACCCAAAGGGUAAAAACCCCCCGAAUAGGGUCUUUCCCGGGGGAUACCCUAAUGAAAACACCCAGAUCAUAGGGUUUCUUUACCUAAAACCCCUAAUGAAAACCCCCCAAAAUCAAGGGGUUUUUACCGGGAUGGGCCCUAAGGGAAACACCCAAAAAAUUGGUUUUUACCUGGAUCGCCCUAAUGUAAAAAAAACCAAAAGAUUUUUGGGGCUUUACCUGGAUCCCCCUUUAAUGUAAACACCCAGAUAAAUGGUUUCCGGAUCCCCCUUAAUGAAAAACACCCGAUCUUUAUGGUUUUUCCCUGGAUCGCCCAAAAUUUGUAAACACCCAGAUAUAUGGUCUUUACCGGAUCCCCCCUAAUGUAAACACCCAAAAAAAUAAAAAAUUUAUGGUUUUUUCCCUUUUGGUUCCCCUUUUUUUUUAAACCCCCCCCCAAUUUUCCUUUCCUUUUCCCCCCCCCUUUAAUUAAACACCCAGAUAAUAGGUUUUUCCCUGUAUCCCCCCUAAUGUAAAAAACCCGUUUAAUAGGGUUUUUUCCCGGGUUUCCCCCUAAGGGAAACCCCCAAGUUUUAUAUGGUUUUACCUGGACCCCCCUUUUAAAACACCCAGACAUAUGGUUUUUUACCUGGAUCGCCAAAUUUGAAAAAAACCCCCAGAUCAUAUGGUCUGCCCCUGGAUCCCCCCUAAUGUAAACACCCGUAAUUGGUUUUUCCCUGGACCCCCAAGGGAAACCCCACCCAGUUCAUAGGGUUUUUUACCUGGCCCCCCUUUAAUGUAAAAACCCAGAUCAUAGGUUUUCAAAAACCGGGAUGCCUAAUAUAAACCCCCCAGAUCAUAUGGUUUUUUACCGGGAUCCCCCAAAUGAAAAACACCCAGUUUCUAUGGUUUUUACCGGGUCCCCCCCAAAUUUGAAAAAAACCAGUUUCAUUGGUUUUUAAACCGGAUGCCCUUUAAACCCCCGGGACAUAGGUUUUUACCUGGUUUGGGCCCAAAAUUGUAAACCCCCCAGAUCAUAUGGUCUUUACCGGAUCGCCCAAAUUUGAAAAACCCCCCAGAUCUUUAUGGUCUUGCCCUGGAUCCCCCUUUAAUGUAAACCCCCGUUCAUAUGGUUUUACCGGUUUCGCCCUAAGGGAAACCCCCAGAUUUUAUGGUUUUUCCCCGGGGAUCCCCCUUUAAUGUAAACACCCAGUUUAUAUGGUUUUACCUGAAAACCCCCUUUUAAUUUUAAAAACCCCAAAGCCCAUAUGGUCUUUACCUGUAUCACCCUAAUGUAAACACCCAGAUAAAUUGGUCUUUCCCUGGAACCCUAAUGUAAACACCCAGAUCAUAGGGUUUUUACCUGGACGCCCUAAUGAAAAAACCCCCAGUCAAGGGUUUUCCCUUUACCUGGAUCCCCCUUUAAGUAAAAACCCAGAUCAUAUGGUUUUUCCCGGGGAUCGCCCUAAGUAAAACCCCCAGAUCAAUGGUCUUUCCCGGGGAAUCCCCCAAAUGUAAAACCCAGUUUUCAUAUGGUUUUUCCCUGGAUCGCCCUAAUGAAAACCCCCCGGAUAUUUUGGCUUUACCUGGUUUGGGCCCUAAUGUAAACCCCCCAGAUCAUAGGGUCUUUACCUGGAUGCCUAAUGAAAAAACCCAGACCCAUAGGGUCUUUUUACCUGGAUCGCCCUUUAUGAAAAACCCCCGAUCAUAGGUUUUUCCCUGGUCCCCCAAGUAAAACCCAGACAUAUGGUUUUUACCUGGAUCCCCCUUUAAUGUAAACACCCAGAUCAUAGGGUUUUAGGAUCCCCCAAAUGUAAACACCCGGGGUCAAGGGUUUUCCCCCGGGGGUCACCCUAAUUUUUAAACCCCAGGUCAUUUUGGUUUUUCCCUGGUCACCCUAAUAUAAACCCCCCCGGGGCAUAGGGUUUUUACCUGGAUCUACCCAAAUGUAAAAACCCGGGAUCAUAUGGUUUUUACCGGGGAUCCCCCUAAUGAAAAACACCCAGUUCAUAGGGGCUUUUCCCGGGAUCCCCCUUUAAUGUAAACACCCAGACAUAGGGUUUUUACCGGAAACCCCCCUAAUGUAAACACCCAGAUCUUUUGGGUCUUUACCGGGAUACCCUAAGAAAAACACCCAGAUCAUAUGGUUUUUCCCGGAAAAAAACCCAAUGAAAACACCCGAUAUAUGGUCUUUACCGGAUCCCCCAAAAUUGUAAACCCCCAGUAUAUGGUCUUUACCUGGAUCGCCCUAAUGAAAACCCCACCCAGUUUAUAGGGUUUCUUUACCUGGCGCCCUAAUGUAAAACCCCCCAGAUAUAUGGCCUUUACCGGGUUUCCCCCUAAUGUAAAAAACCCAAAAUUCAUAGGUCUUUACCGGAUCGCCCUAAUGAAAAACCACCCAGUUUCAUAUGGUCUUUCCCCGGGAUCGCCCAAAUUAAAAAACCCCAAUAAUAUGGUUUUUUCCCCUGGAUCGCCCAAAUUUGUAAACACCCAGAUCAUAUGGUUUUACCUGGUUUCCCCCCUUAAGAAAAAACCCCCAAAGAUCAUAGGGGUUUUUCCCGGGAUCGCCCAAUUGUAAAAAACCCAAUCAUAUGGUCUUUCCCUGGUCCCCCUAAUGUAAACCCCAAAGGCAUAUGGUCUUUACCGGACGCCCUAAUGUAAAACACCCAGGUCAUUUUGGUCUUUACCGGGAUCGCCCUAAUGAAAAACACCCAUGUCAUAUGGUUUUUCCUGGAUCCCCCGUAAUGUAAACACCCAGGUCUUUAUGGUCUUUACCUGGAUCACCCCUAAUGAAAAAACACCCAGACCAUAUGGUCUUUACCUGGAUCCCCCCUAAUUUUAAACCCCCAGAUCUUUAUGGUUUUUACCGGGUAACCCAAAUUUGUAAAAACCCAGACAUAUGGUUUUUAACCGGGAAAUACCCUAAUGAAACCCCAGUUUAAAAAUGGUAUUUUUAACUGGACCCACCCUAAUUAAAAAACCCAGAUCUUUUGGUCUUUACCGGGAUCACCCAAUGUAAAAAACCCAGAUCAAGGGUUCUUUCCCGGUUUCACCCAAAGUAAACACCCAGAUCGGGGGGUCUUUACCGGGGAUCCCCCUUUAAUGAAAAAACCCCCCCCAAAAACCAAUUUGGUUUUUCCCUUUGGUCGCCCUAAUGAAAACCCACCCAGAUCAAUGGUCUUUCCCUUAUCCCCCUAAUGUAAACCCCCAGAUCAUAUGGUUUUUACCGGGGUUUCCCCCCCAAAUGUAAAAACCCAGACAGGGGGUUUUUUUCCCUGGAUCCCCCCCUAAUAAAAAAAACCCGGGAAUAUAGGUUUUUCCCUUUGGAUCGCCCUAAUGUAAACACCCAGAUCAUAUGGUCUUUACCUGGAUCGCCCUAAUGUAAACACCCAGAAUCAUAUGGUCUUUUACCUGGAUCGCCCCUAAUGUAAACACCCAGAUCAUAUGGUCUUUACCUGGAUCGCCCCUAAUGUAAACACCCAGAUCAUAUGGUCUGUACCUGGAUCGCCAUAAUGUAAACACCCAAUCAUAUGGUCUUUACCUGGAUCGCCCCUAAUGUAAACACCCAGAUAUAUGGUCUUUACCUGGAUCGCCCUAAUGUAAACACCCAGAUCAUAUGGUCUUUACCUGGAUCGCCCUAAUGUAAACACCCAGAUCAUAUGGUCUUUACCUGGAUCGCCCUAAUGUAAACACCCAGAUCAUAUGGUCUUUACCUGUAUCGCCCUAAUGUAAACACCCAGAUCAUAUGGUCUUUACCUGGAUCGCCCUAAUGUAAACACCCAGAUCAUAUGGUCUUUACCUGGAUCGCCCUAAUGUAAACACCCAGAUCAUAUGGUCUUUACCUGGAUCGCCCUAAUGUAAACACCCAGAUCAUAUGGUCUUUACCUGGAUCACCCUAAUGUAAACACCCAGAUCAUAUGGUCUUUACCUGGAUCACCCUAAUGUAAACACCCAGAUCAUAUGGUCUUUACCUGGAUCACCCUAAUGUAAACACCCAGAUCAUAUGGUCUUUACCUGUAUCACCCUAAUGUAAACACCCAGAUCAUAGGUCUUUACUGGAUCACCCUAAUGUAAACACCCCAGAUCAUAUGGUCUUACCUGUAUCACCCUAAUGUUAACACCAGAUCAUAUGGUCUUACCUGGAUCACCCUAAUAUAAACACCCAGAUCAUAUGGUCUUUACCUGGAUCACCCUAAUGUAAACACCCAGAUCAUAUGGUCUUUACCUGGAUCACCCUAAUGUAAACACCCAGAUCAUAUGGUCUUUAACUGGAUCACCCUAAUGUAAACACCCAGAUCAUAUGGUCUUUACCUGGAUCACCCUAAUGUAAACACCCAGAUCAUAUGGUCUUUACCUGGAUCGCCCUAAUGUAAACACCCAGAUCAUAUGGUCUUUACCUGGAUCGCCCUAAUGUAAACACCCAGAUCAUAUGGUCUUUACCUGGAUCACCCUAAUGUAAACACCCAGACACUUACCAGGUCUAAUUACAUAUGAUUAGACUAGGGUUCUCUAGGCCGGUUUCUCUAGGCCGGGUUCUCUAGGCCGGGUUCUCUAGGCCGGGUUCUCUAGGCCGGUUUCUCUAGGCCGGGUUCUCUAGGCCGGGUUCUCUAGGCCGGGUUCUCUAGGCCAGGUUCUCUAGGCCGGGUUCUCUAGGCCAGGUUCUCUAGGCUGUUUCUCCUGAUGGGCUAGAAUGAGUAGAAGUAGAUCUCAACUAGGGUUCUCUGCUCCUUGGUCUGUUACUAGACAGAUGGUGCAGUCAGUAGGCUGUUUCCCCUGAUGGGCGAGAGCAGGGUUUCCCAAACUCCCACCUGGGUGCACCUUUUAGUUUUUUGCCCUAGCACUACACAGCUGAUUCAAAUAAUCAAUGCUUGAUGAUGAGUAGGUUAUUUUAAUCUGUUGUGUAGUGCUAGGUUAAAAACUAAAGGGACCCAGGUGGGGGGCUCCCGGACCGAGUUUGGGAAACGCUGGGCUAGACUAGAGCGUUGGUUGUGUUUCAGCUGUGUUGCAGCUCUCUGUCAGUGGUGGAGGUGUGGAAAGGAGGAUGCUACCUGUGUGAGGUCCGCAGGGUGACCAAGGCAGGCCUCAGGGUCGUCCUGGCCUCUCCUUGGUACCUAGACCAGCCUGGACCUACUCAUGACUGGGCUAGAUACUACACCAUCUGGCCCCUUGCUUUCAAGGGUUAGAACCUCUUAACUAGUGUGGAGUGGAACAGUGUGGAGUGGAGUGGAGUGAAUAGUGUGGAGUGAAUAGUGUGGAGUGAAUAGUGUGGAGUGGAGUGAAUAGUGUGGAGUGGAGUGAAUAGUGUGGAGUGGGAAAGUGUAACAGUUUGCAGUGAAGAAAAGUGCAGUAUGCAGUUAACUAUUAGAUUUUUGUUGUGAUCAAAUGUUUUUCAUAGUAAUAAUAAUCGUUGUCAUCCACUCAGAUCUAAGAGAUCAAAUUAAAUAAACACACAAGGAUCAGAAAAACUCAAAGCAACAUGUCACAAAGUGUUUUAGCGGCAAUAAGCCAUUGGAGAGUUAGGGGAGAGUGGGGUAAAACUAUUAACAGUGAAUAACGUGUUGUCUAGUUGGAAUAUGUAUAGGGGAGAGUGGGGUAAAACUAUUAACAGGGAAUAACGUGUUGUCUAGUUGGAAUAUGUAUAGGGGAGAGUGGGGUAAAACUAUUAACAGGGAAUAAUGUGUUGUCUAGUUGGAAUAUGUAUAGGGGAGAGUGGGGUAAAACUAUUAACAGUGAAUAAUGUGUUGUCUAGUUGAAUAUGUAUAGGGGAGAGUGGGGUAAAACUAUUAACAGGGAAUAAUGUGUUGUCUAGUUGGAAUAUGUAUAGGGGAGAGUGGGGUAAAACUAUUAACAGUGAAUAACGUGUUGUCUAGUUGGAAUAUGUAUAGGGGAGAGUGGGGUAAAACUAUUAACAGGGAAUAAUGUGUUGUCUAGUUGGAAUAUGUAUAGGGGAGAGUGGGGUAAAACUAUUAACAGUGAAUAACGUGUUGUCUAGUUGGAAUAUGUAUAGGGGAGAGUGGGGUAAAAACUAUUAACAGUGAAUAAUGUGUUGUCUAGUUGGAAUAUGUAUAGGGGAGAGUGGGGUAAAACUAUUAACAGUGAAUAGUGUGUUGUGUAGUUGAAUAUGUAUAGGGGAGAGUGGGGUAAAACUAUUAACAGGGAAUAAUGUGUUGUCUAGUUGGAAUAUGUAUAGGGGAGAGUGGGGUAAAACUAUUAACAGUGAAUAAUGUGUUGUCUAGUUGAAUAUGUAUAGGGGAGAGUGGGGUAAAACUAUUAACAGGGAAUAAUGUGUUGUCUAGUUGGAAUAUGUAUAGGGGAGAGUGGGGUAAAACUAUUAACAGUGAAUAACGUGUUGUCUAGUUGGAAUAUGUAUAGGGGAGAGUGGGGUAAAACUAUUAACAGGGAAUAAUGUGUUGUCUAGUUGGAAUAUGUAUAGGGGAGAGUGGGGUAAAACUAUUAACAGGGAAUAACGUGUUGUCUAGUUGGAAUAUGUAUAGGGGAGAGUGGGGUAAAACUAUUAACAGGGAAUAAUGUGUUGUCUAGUUGGAAUAUGUAUAGGGGAGAGUGGGGUAAAACUAUUAACAGUGAAUAGUGUGUUGUGUAGUUGAAUAUGUAUAGGGGAGAGUGGGGUAAAACUAUUAACAGGGAAUAAUGUGUUGUCUAGUUGGAAUAUGUAUAGGGGAGAGUGGGGUAAAACUAAUAACAGUGAAUAACGUGUAGUCUAGUUGGAAUAUGUAUAGGGGAGAGUGGGGUAAAACUAUUAACAGGGAAUAAUGUGUUGUCUAGUUGGAAUAUGUAUAGGGGAGAGUGGGGUAAAACUAUUAACAGUGAAUAACGUGUUGUCUAGUUGGAAUAUGUAUAGGGGAGAGUGGGGUAAAACUAUUAACAGGGAAUAAUGUGUUGUCUAGUUGGAAUAUGUAUAGGGGAGAGUGGGGUAAAACUAAUAACAGUGAAUAACGUGUUGUCUAGUUGGAAUAUGUAUAGGGGAGAGUGGGGUAAAACUAUUAGCAGUGAAUAAUGUGUUGUCUAGUUGGAAUAUGUAUAGGGGAGAGUGGGGUAAAACUAAUAACAGUGAAUAACGUGUUGUCUAGUUGGAAUAUGUAUAGGGGAGAGUGGGGUAAAACUAUUAACAGGGAAUAAUGUGUUGUCUAGUUGGAAUAUGUAUAGGGGAGAGUGGGGUAAAACUAUUAACAGUGAAUAACGUGUUGUCUAGUUGGAAUAUGUAUAGGGGAGAGUGGGGUAAAACUAUUAACAGUGAAUAAUGUGUUGUCUAGUUGGAAUAUGUAUAGGGGAGAGUGGGGGUAAAACUAUUAACAGUGAAUAAUGUGUUGUCUAGUUGGGAUAUGUAUAGGGGAGAGUGGGGUAAAACUAAUAACAGUGAAUAACGUGUUGUCUAGUUGGAAUAUGUAUAGGGGAGAGUGGGGUAAAACUAUUAACAGUGAAUAAUGUGUUGUCUAGUUGGAAUAUGUAUAGGGGAGAGUGGGGUAAAACUAUUAACAGUGAAUAAUGUGUUGUCUAGUUGGAAUAUGUAUAGGGGAGAGUGGGGUAAAACUAAUAACAGUGAAUAACGUGUUGUCUAGUUGGAAUAUGUAUAGGGGAGAGUGGGGUAAAACUAUUAACAGGGAAUAAUGUGUUGUCUAGUUGGAAUAUGUAUAGGGGAGAGUGGGGUAAAACUAUUAACAGGGAAUAACGUGUUGUCUAGUUGGAAUAUGUAUAGGGGAGAGUGGGGUAAAACUAUUAACAGGGAAUAACGUGUUGUCUAGUUGGAAUAUGUAUAGGGGAGAGUGGGGUAAAACUAUUAACAGGGAAUAAUGUGUUGUCUAGUUGGAAUAUGUAUAGGGGAGAGUGGGGUAAAACUAUUAACAGGGAAUAACGUGUUGUCUAGUUGGAAUAUGUAUAGGGGAGAGUGGGAUAAGUUGAGCCAAAGGGGUAAGUUGAGCCACCUUUGUUUAUAGGAAACCAAACACAAAAUGUAUAAUUUUAUAAAAUAUUUAGGAAUCGUGAAGGAAACCACAUGGUAAAAGUGGUAAGCAAGUUAGGUCCAAAAAUACUGAUUUUCCCCAAGUCAAAUGAUUUUAUCAAAUCAAUUGUGUUACAGGUUUCAUGAUGCUUGUAUCUAAAGUAAAUAAUUGUAAGAUUGUUCUAUACAUCGAUUGGGGUCUCUAUAAGUUUCAAUAUGAGGUCCUAAACCUAGCAUGAAAGUGCAUCUUUGUAGCUGUGUGGGAUAAUAUAGUCAAAAUGUUUGCCUUGGGGUAAGAUGAGCCAAUGGUUGAGCCAAUGGUUGAGCCAAUGGUUGAGCCAAUGGUUGAGCCAAUGGUUGAGCCAAUGGUUGAGCAAGUUGAAGUGUUUUCUUCCCACGUGUAAUGCUCGGCGUUAUCGCUGGGAUAUGAGGUAACAACAGGGACUGUUAAAAGUGUUUGUUAGGUUUUAAAUGUUAAAACGAUUAAUAGUCUCACAAAAAACACUGGGUACAGUCGUCCAUUCAAUGUCUAUUCCACGUUGGUUCCAUGUAAUUUCAUUGAAUGACGUGGAAACAACGUUGAUUCAACCAGUUUGUGCCCAGUGGGAAGUGAUUGUGUUGAAUUAUGUUUGGGAAAUAAAGAUAGAUGUGGUUUAGAAAGGUAGUGGCAAUAUUUCAUUCAGUACAGAGAUUUGUAGGCGGCUUAGUUAUUGUUACCACUGGGUAGGAUCCGGUACUUUCCAGGUAGUUAUUGUUACCACUGGGUAGGAUCCGGUACUUUCCAGGUAGUUAUUGUUACCACUGGGUAGGAUCCAGUACUUUCCAGGUAGUUAUUGUUACCACUGGGUAGGAUCCAGUACUUUCCAGGUAGUUAUUGUUACCACUGGGUAGGAUCCCUCCCACUCUAGAGUGCUCUGGAGCUCAGACGCAAUGAUUGGAUAACCAACGUUUCAACAGCCAAGCUGUCUUCAUCAGAGUAUAAUGUACAUUCUACAGAUAUUUUACAUACAUGGCACUUUUUUUCAAAGUAGUUACAUAGAAAGAAUAAAGUAAUUUGUUAUACAUUACAUUUGAGUGGCGAGUGGCACAGUGGUCUAAGGCACUGCAUCGCAGUGCUAGCUGUGCCACUAGAGAUCCUGGUUCGAAUCCAGGCUCUGUCGUAACCGGCCGCGACCGGGAGACCCAUGGGGCGGCGCACAAUUGGUCCAGGGUAGGGGAGGGAAUGGCCGGCAGGGGUGUAGCUCAGUUGGUAGAGCAUGGCGUUUGCAAUGCCAGGGUUGUGGGUUUGAUUCCCAUGGGGGGCCAGUAUAAAAAAAUAAUGUAUGCACUCACUAACUGUAAGUCGCUCUGGAUAAGAGCGUCUGCUAAAUGACUAAAAAAAAUUAAAAAAAUUAUAACUAUUCUAGAAGGUGAGCUGUUAAACCCACCCCUCAGCUAACAGGUAAAGGAGCCUAGUGCAAGCUAGAACACUGGCAGGCAACAAGACAGACAGACAGGACAGGCAGGCAGGCAACAGGACAGACCGACAGGCAGGACAGGCAGACAGACAGGACAGACAGGACAGGCAGGCAGGCAACAGGACAGACCAACAGGCAACAGAACAGAAGGCGGGCAACAGGACAGACUGACAGGCAGACUGACAGGCAGGUAGGCAACAGGACAGACAGGCAGGCAACAGAACAGACAGGCAGGCAACAGGACAGACUGACAGGCAGACUGACAUGCAGACAGGCAGGCAACAGGACAGACUGACAUGCAGACAGGCAGGCAACAGGACAGACAGACAGACAGGCAACAGGACAGACUGACAGGCAGACUGACAUGCAGACAGGCAGGCAACAGGACAGACUGACAGGCAGACUGACAUGCAGACAGGCAGGCAACCGGACAGACUGACAUGCAGACAGGCAGGCAACAGGACAGACAGACAGACAGGCAGGCAACAGGACAGACUGACAGGCAGACUGACAUGCAGACAGGCAGGCAACAGGACAGACUGACAGGCAGACUGACAUGCAGACAGGCAGGCAACAGGACAGACUGACAUGCAGACAGGCAGGCAACAGGACAGACUGACAGGCAGACUGACAUGCAGACAGGCAGGCAACAGGACAGACUGACAUGCAGGCAGGCAUGCAACAAGACAGGCUGACAGACAGACUGACCCCAAGGCAGGAGGCUGACCCCACAGAAAGCCACACUCGAUAGACAGUGCAGUAGUGGCACUGGCAACAUUGGCUUUUCCUCAAUUCCUCUUUCCUUAAUUCCUCCCAUCCUCUCACCUCGUAUCCUUCUCAUUGGUGGUGAAGAUCAGAGGGGCGGGACCUUAGAUUGGAUCUUCUCCAAUGUGUUUUGUGAUGGAGGCAAAGAUAGAGAAUACAAGGAAUGAAGGAAAGGCCAAUGUUGGUUGUACCCCUGAAUGUUGGUUAAAAGGAUCUACCAAACAUGUGGAACAUCAAGAUCUUUUCUACCCUGCCUCAGAUCCCAGUGGACACGGUGCUCCACAUCUGGAAGGGUAGCCCAAGCCAGAUACAACAGGAGCUGAGUAGCAUCACCCUGGCUGGGUACAGGGUCAUACUGGCCGCCCCCUGGUACAUCAACCACAUCGCCUACGGACAGGACUGGACCAGAUACUACACCAUACUGCCACUCAACUUCACUGGUGUGUGCAGAGGCCGGUGUCAAAUCACUGAACAGGUUCAUUGUAAUGGCGGGAAUGAAAUGAGUGGAACGGUAUCAAAUUGAUGUGUUCAAAAGGUAUCAAAUAAAUUGAAAAAAGGUAACAAAUUGAUACCUUUCCAUUUAUUCAAUUUCAGCCAAUGGGGCCGUCCUCUGAUUUGAUCCCCCAGCAGCCUCCACUACUGCUGCACACUGGGAAGGGGCAUGGCAGGGGCAUGGAAGGGGCAUGGCAGGGGCAUGGAAGGGGCAUGGCAGGGGCAUAGAAGGGGCAUGGCAGGGGCAUGGAAGGGGCAUGGAAGGGGCAUGGCAGGGGCAUGGCAGGGGCAUGGAAGGGGCAUGGAAGGGGCAUGGCAGGGGCAUGGCAGGGGCAUGGAAGGGGCAUGGAAGGGGCAUGGCAGGGGCAUGGCAGGGGCAUAGAAGGGGCAUGGAAGGGGCAUGGCUGGCACUGUAGGGGAAGGGGCAUGGCAGGGGCAUGGCAGGGGCAUGGAGGGGCAUGGCUGGCACUGUAGGGGAAGGGGCAUGGAAGGGGCAUGGCAGGGGCAUGGCAGGGGCAUGGAAGGGGCAUGGAAGGGGCAUGGAAGGGGCAUGGCAGGGGCAUAGAAGGGGCAUGGAAGGGGCAUGGCAGGGGCAUGGAAGGGGCAUGGAAGGGGCAUGGCUGGCACUGUAGGGGAAGGGGCAUGGAAGGGGCAUGGAAGGGGCAUGGCUGGCACUGUAGGGGAGGGGCAUGGAAGGCUUGUUGGAAAGGUGGCGUCCUAUGAUGGUGCCACAUUGAAAGUCACUGAGCUCUUCAGUCAGGCCAUUCUACUGCUAAUGUUUGUCUAUGGAGAUUGCAUGGCUGUGUGCUCGAUUUUAUACACCUGUCAGCAACCGGUGUUGCUGAAAUAGCCAAAUCCACUAAUUUGAAGGGGUGUCCACAUACUUUUGCAUAGAUUGUGUAUGUGUGCUGUGUUGUGUCGUGUUGUGCUGUGUUGUGUCGUGUCGUGCCGUGUUGUGCCGUGUUGUGCCGUGUUGUAACGUUGUGUCGUGUUGUAACGUCGUGUCGUUCCGUGUCGUGGGCAGGUGCAGUAUGUACGGUCUUAUGUACUUUACCUCCACAGGUACAGAGCAGCAGAAGAAACUGGUGAUUGGUGGAGAGGUGUGCAUGUGGGGAGAAUAUGUUGAUGCUACCAACCUCUCUCCUCGUCUCUGGUAAAUAUAAAAUACAUUGUGUGAGUCCAAAUAGCUGAUAUAUUAUAUGAUAUAUAUGAUAUGAUAUUAUAUUAUAUAUUAUUAUAUUAUAUCAUAUAUUAUUAUAUUAUAUCAUAUAUUAUAUAUAUUAUAUUAUAUAUAUUCCUGAUAUAGUGCACUACUUUUGACCAGAGCCCAUUUUUCAAACAGACAUAAUAACAAAAACAGGCAAUCUAAAUACAGUAACAGUCUUAACUAAAUACAGUAACAGUCUGUUAACUAAAUACAGUAACAGCAUGUUAACUAAAUACAGUAACAGUCUGUUAACUAAAUACAGUAACAGUCUGUUAACUAAAUACAGUAACAGCAUGUUAACUAAAUACAGUAACAGCAUGUUAACUAAAUACAGUAACAGCAUGUUAACUAAAUACAGUAAAAGUCUGUUAACUAAACACAGUAACAGUCUGUUAACUAAAUACAGUAACAGCAUGUUAACUAAAUACAGUAACAGCAUGUUAACUAAAUACAGUAAGUCUGUUAACUAAAUACAGUAACAGCAUGUUAACUAAAUACAGUAACAGCAUGUUAACUAAAUACAGUAACAGCAUGUUAACUAAAUACAGUAACAGCAUGUUAACUAAAUACAGUAACAGCAUGUUGACUAAAUACAGUAACAGCAUGUUAACUAAAUACAGUAACAGUAUGUUAACUAAAUACAGUAACAGCAUGUUAACUAAAUACAGUAACAGUAUGUUAACUAAAUACAGUAACAGCAUGUUAACUAAAUACAGUAACAGUCUGUUAACUAAAUACAGUAACAGCAUGUUAACUAAAUACAGUAACAGUCUGUUAACUAAAUACAGUAACAGCCUGUUAACUAAAUACAGUAACAGCAUCUUAACUAAAUACAGUAUGUUACAGUAUGUUACAGUAUGUUAUGUAACAGCCGUGUGUGUGCAGGCCGAGGGCCAGUGCUGCUGCAGAGCGAUUGUGGAGUGAUGAGAAGAUGACCUCCAGU